UCACAACAUGGAGGACGCGCCGACGUUACCGUUGGUGGGCGAGGUUGCAUCGCGACUCUUGGGAGACGCUGUACGGCAUACCGAGAUGUCUUGGGCCAAAACGAACUCCCUGGCAACGGCCGAGCGCUAACGCAGCCAAAAACGCGUAAAAGUUUGACAACGACCGCUUAUAAAAAUGCCUCAACGGUGUCACUAUGUUUAAAGAAGGGCACACAGAAUGUGUUAUGCUUGGACUUUUACUGUUUUGUGGUUUUGCCACCCAAACAGUGAAGGUCUCACUCUCUUAAUUGGCGCCUAUCGAUGCUAAUUUCCGUGUGGAAAAUAUCAGCGUUAUAUCUCCUUACUGCUAUCUGCUAUUUAUAGGAGCUCUCAGGCGUUACCACCUGGGGACAGCAGCCAGCUGUAAACAGAAGAGUCCGCCUCUUUCUCUCUCUCUCUCCCUCUCCUGCUCUUGUUUCUGACCCUCCCUCUCUCUCUCUCUCUCUCUCUUCCUCUGCGUCUAUUCUUUCUUCCAUCAGUCCUCCUAACUGCAGUCUGCAUACAGGUCCAUUCUGCUGGUCCUGCUGCUGCUGCUGGUGGUGGUACUGGAGUGAGUGGGAGGAACAUUUCCCCCCUCUUUGCCUCAAAAACAAACCAAAAAAAAACAAAAGAAGAAAAAAAUGACGAGACAUCCUUCUGGAGCUGCAGAGGCAGGGGUGGAUUUGCCAUCCAGUUUCCUGCAUUGCACAAUGUUUCCCGUCUGCUUGGAGAGAUAAAUAAAAAAAAAGAAGAAGAAGACAAAGGAGAAAGCGUUGUGGACAAGGAGAAAGUGGUACGCCGAGGAGGGGUUAAGGUGAGGAGGAAGCUGUGGGAGACACAGCAGAUCACAGAAGAGGUGCUGAGAGGCAUGAGGGACGAGUGGGAGUCAAGAAACUGAGGAUGAAGUGAGUAAACGCUGCAGUGGAAUGAGGCUUAAAGUGAAAGCAGAAGCCGAGAAGCAGGCCUGUGUGCGCCACUUCGCUUUCUGAAGAAGCCAGAGGAAAGGAAUCCACCGUGGAGGCGAGAAGGAGACGCAGGAGGGGGCCCGAGGAGGAGGAAGCCAGAGGUUCAACGCUCAAGAUGGCUGCUGUGUCCUCUGCCUCUGACACCGGAGACCACCGGGCCCGCCACCCCCCCGAGCGCCGGCUGCUGAUCCUCGGCGGGCCCCAAUCGGGAAAGACCUCCUCCGCCAACACCGUCCUCGGAGACGAGAUGUUCGACGCCGGGACGGAGACGACCCACAGCAACGUGGGCCAGAUGGAGAUCUACGGCCGGCGGGUCACGGUGGUCGACACCCCGUCCUGGGCCGUCCCGGCCGACCCCGAGGACGACGACGAGCGCGACACGGACGACAACGCCGGCGCCGAGUCGGACAGCCCGGCUCGCCCCCCGCCGAGCCUGGACAGCGAGGGCCCCUGCAUGGGCGCCAUCCUGUGCCCUCCCGGACCGCACGCCAUCCUGCUGGUGGUGUCCAUCAGCCAGCCGUUUGGUGACAGGGAGCGGAAGGCCGCGGAGGAGCAGCUGGGGGCUCUGGGCGGAGGGACCUGGAGGUACUGCAUAGUCCUCUUUACCGGAGUGGACAAGCUGCCCAAAGGCGUGUUCAUCGAGGAGCACAUAUCCAACACCGGAGAGGCCCUGCAGUGGCUGGUGGAGAGAUGUGGAAGCAGGUACCAUGCCUUUGACAACACCCUUAAAGACUCAGAGGAAAACACCCAAGUACCUGAGCUGAUGGAGAAGGUGGAAGAACUGGUCACCGACAACCAAGGCUGGUACUUUGAGGUGAAUGAAUUGAUUUUGCUGGAGGAAGAGCAGGCCCGGAGAGCGCUGGAGGAAGAGCGGAUGAGGAUGGAGGAGCACGCCCGGCAGAGGGAGCAGAUGAUCGGAGGACCUCCCCGAGAGUUGAGGCUGCUGCUGCUGGGUUGGAAGGGCGUCGGGAAGAGCUCGGUGGGGAACUCCAUCCUGGGCCGUCGCUUCUUCGAGUCGGGCCAGGAGACGGAGCUGUGCCUUAGGAGGCAAGCGCUGGUGUGCGGCCGCCGGGUCACCAUCGUGGACACCCCGGGCUGGGACUGGUUCUCGGUGAGCCGGACCCCCAAGCGGAUCCGGCAGGAGUCGCAGCGCGGGGCCGCCCUCCUGCGGCCGGGGCCCCACACCCUGCUGCUGGUCCUCCCCGUCGUCUCGUCGCUCACGGCCAGGAAGAGGCGGACGCUCCUGGCGCACAUCGAGACUCUGUUCGGAGACAACGCGUGCCUCCACACCAUGGUGCUGUUCAGCUGCGGCGACUGGCUGGGACACACGCCCAUCGAGGAGCACAUCCUGCGGGGAGGGCGGGAGCUGCAGAGACUGCUGGAGUACUGUGGGAACUAUUACCACGUGCUGGACAGUAAGACGCCCGGCAAGGACAGGAGCGUGUCGCUGCUUCUGGACAGGAUAGAGGAGAUGAUCAGGGAGAACGGCGACAGGGCCUUCCUCCCCAUCCAGACCGAGUGGCUGAGCGAGGAGAGCUCUUAUUCCUCGGACAACACCGAACCGGAGGACGACUGCCGGGGAUGCCAGCUGCAGUGACGAGGCGGCCCCAGAGAGAGAGGAGGGGUGGACGGUGUUCCCCGUCUUCGUCUUCAGCAGACCCCAAGCAUCGCCUCAUGUAACCGUCGCCUCAUUUAAAGGGCCCCUCAGUCAUUAUGAAGAGGUUCAGGGAAGAGCCAGAACUGAGCCAUGUAGCUGUUUGUUUUAGAGACCAUACCCACUGUUCACUCAGCUCAGCCUUUACUAACCGGAUCUGAAUAUCACUGGGAAUAAACUCCACACUCUGCUGCUGUCAAACAGACAUUAUUGUAUAUCUAGCUAUGUUCACGCUGAGAACGAAGAGAGGAAGUCAGGGGGGGAUGCAGUCGGAGUGCGAUUCCUGAUUUCUCGAUCUUCAGAAACUGUGCUCCACAAGUCGGAGACGCGAGCUUUCGUCCUGCGUUCACGUCCUGGUGACAGAAGAUGCCUUCAUUAAAGUUUGAUCAGGGUCUGCUCAGGGAGUCGAGGGUUGAACUGAUCCCUUCAGACGGAAAAUCCAGCACAUUUAGGAAAAAAAGCUGAUCGACGCUGUUCACCAAACUUUAAGUGAGUCACAUCCAGAGAUCCUGGGUGGGAGGGGGCGGGGUUCAGGUUAGGAGCUGCGGUUCUCCUGUGCUAAAAGAACAUGUGAUAACUGCUAAAUUAAUGUAACGCAGCGCAUAUUUUGUUGCUUAGGUUUUUCUUUCUCAAGGAGAAGGAGAAAUGGGGGGGGAAGGAACGGCAGCCUCAGAUCCCAGCGGAGCAGCGGAGGCGAGCUCGGCUACCGUCACGCACCCCGCGCAAAUAUCGACAAGGUAGAUCCGUCUCUGUGCCUCAGCCCGAAACCGCGACAGCGAGGAACCGAGGAGCUGUGUCCAUAAAGCGCUGCGCCACGCUUCCGCAUGCUACACACACUACAUAACCUCAUGGACCGUUCGAGAGCUCAGGCAGGAGCUGACCUUUGACACCUGCUGACCUUUUUCUACAUCCACGAGACAUCCGCUCCCGACAUGCGUGGUGAUGGGGUUUUUUGUUUUGUUUUGUUUUGUUUCUUAGAGGGGAAAAAACUAUUUAAAAAAAAAAACAUGUAGAUAUAUACUCCACUGUCGGCGGCAUGUAAAGACACCGCAUGCGAACAAGCGAGUGCCUCGAGAGUUGAAGGCAGACUCGCUUUCUUAUUUUUCUGACUCUUGCUUGAAAACAGACGUGUGGCUUUCUCCGGCGUGGCGCUCAGAGUCCUCCCGCCUUCGCCUGGGAAAGCGGAGGCGAAAGGGGGAAAGGGAGCCUGUUCAACACAACACGACCGCCAGGCGGCCAAACCUCAUUUUCUAUUUACACGAGGAGAGAGAAAAUCCCCCGACCCGCCCAGCCCUCUCCGCCUUUUCACCGACUCCGCGCUUCUCCUAGUGUCGUAGGCUGUAGCAGCACUUCAGUGUGACGAGCAUGCCUUUAUCAUUUCCUGCCAGGACGUGGCGAAACCGUCGCCCGAGCCUCGCUCGGUAAUUAAUGUGUUGCAUAGGCUGUGUAUAGCCGCAGCGUUCAAAAUACGUGAAAGUGUGAAGGUCUUAGCUGAGCAUCUUUGCACUGUGUAACUUCUACCGCUCCACCGCAGCCAAAGUGACGUCACUGACUGUGGUGAUUAUUGUAUCGUCAUCAGUAUUUUGUUCAUCCUCUGACAACAAUAAAAAGGUUCAAACACA